UAAAAACUACCGCAAAAAUGGCUUUCCUUAACAAGAACUACAAAUUCGUCAGCCAGGAGAACUUCGAUGCUUUCCUUAAGGCAUCUGGUGUUCCCGAUGACAAAAUCGAAAAGACUCUGAAGUACACACCUGACCAGAAAAUCGUUAAGGAUGGUGACACCUACACUUACAUUGUAUCUGGUGCUCUGGGCACUAAGGAAAUUAAAUUCAAGUCCGGAGUUGAAUUCGAUGACAAACUUGGAACUGAACAGACUCCCGUCAAGAGCACAAUUGUUGUUGACGGUAACACAGUGACUCAGACCGCCAAGGGAGCCGCUGGAGUUGCUACCUUCAAGAGAGAAUACAACGGAGACGAUUUGGUUGUGACUGUUACGCUCGACAAAUGGGACGGCGCUGCCAAGAGAUACUACAAGGCUGAAUGAAUUAACCAACCAACAAAC